AUGCCAAAACCGAAGAUGUCCCAAACAAACAAGAACAUGAGCAGAAGAAGAUUUGAAGAUGAACAGAUUAGAUAUCUGGAGAGGAUGUUCGAGGCAGAGGCUCGGCCCGAGCUGCGUGUAAAGCAGCAGUUAGCUGACAAGCUAGGCUUGCUGCCUAAACAAGUUGCCAUAUGGUUUCAGAACAAGAGAGCUAGAUCAAAAUCAAAGGUUAUUGAGCAAGAAUACAGCCUUCUCAAGGCUAGUUUUGAUGAUCUGUCCUCCAAGUUUGAGGCCUUGAAGAGAGAAAACCACUCCCUACACAUCCAGGUUCAGAGACUAAGGCAGCUGAAUAACACUGAACAGGAAGGAUCAAUCAAAGACAUCAAGAAGUUAGUAACAACAGAUGAGAUGCUGCCAGGAAGCUUUGUUGUGCUGGAAAAAAGCACAACCAGCCACAAUCUUUGCAAGACUCCGUCGACAACUGAAAAUUCAGAUGAAAAGUUUGAUUACCUUGGAGAAGACAGUUGUGGUCUUCAUGCCACACAACCAAUGGAUGGUUGUUACUACACAGGGGCUGACGACGACAGCUGUAGUUUCCAGACUGAUGAUCUUCUUGAACAUCAAAAUUGCAACUUGAUGUGGUGGGAGUGGCAAAAAUGUGAAAACAAUUCUUGA